AUGAGUGGGUUGAUUAAAAGAUAAACAUGGCGAUUAUUGUAAUUCAAAUAUAACGGGAAGGUGUUAUUAGAUAUUCUCUUCUCAUUCUCAAAAAUGAAGUCUUUCAGUAAUUUAAUAUUUUGGUAGCUUCAUCAGCCCCAAAAAUAACAAUUAAUAAGAACAACACUAAGUCCUUAUUAUUUGGUUAUUCCCUUUUUAUUCCUGCCCCUUAGUUACAAAAGAAUGA